GGUAAGUGGCAAAGAGUGCCCGCGCCUGUGAGUCAAGUAGAACCAUGUAGUAAAGUCGCCGUGCUGUCAUACACUGUUAGUAGCACCGUGGAGACCCCCUGUGUUAGUUUGUGUCGACGUCACGGUUGCAAAGGCUGCAAAAUUUAGUCUGCCAAAAAGUAAGCUAACAUUGCAAGGGCUGGUCCUAUGGCUUACUCGCCGUUACCUUUAUCUCCAGAAGUGGAAAAAGAAGAUUAUAGAGUGUCUCUACCGCUCAUUUUUGUUUUUCUGCACAGGAAUCCCCCCGAGAGGAGAAAGCGUGGCGACUCGCAAGCCUGAUUGUCGUCGUCGUUCACACCCGGUGCUCGACCCCUCGCCGUCAUGCUGUGCUGGGGUAACGCCAGAGAUGGCCAGUUGGGGAUGGGCGCGGACGGAGACCCGCUGACUGAGCCCACCAGCUGUCCGGCGUUCAGAGGCAUGGGGUUCAAAGAAGUGGCGUGCGGCGCGCGGCACUCGGUCUUCCUGCUGCAUGACGGGAGCGUGUACACGUGCGGCUCCAACAGCUGUGGGCAGCUGGGCCACGACAAAGCCGGCGCCUCCCCAGAGCUGGUGGGAUCUCUGGACGCCCAGAAGAUCGCCACGGUGUCGAGCGGCCGGGCCCAUUCCGUGGCGAUCAACGAGCAGGGCCAAGUGUUCACGUGGGGGGCCGGUGAAGGGGGUCAGCUCGGCCUGGGGACCGCAGAGGCAGCUGUUCGAGUGCCGAGGAUGGUGAAAAGGUUGUGUGACCACAGCAUUGCCCAAGUCAUGUGUGGUAACCAACACUGCAUUGCACUUUCUAGAGAUGGUCAGCUGUUCACCUGGGGCCAGAACACCAACGGUCAACUGGGUCUGGGCAAAGGCGAGUCCAGUAAGCUUUUCCCGCAGCCCUUGAAGUCUCUGGCGGGGAUUCCGUUAACGCAGAUCACCGCCGGAGGGGACCACAGCUUCGCGCUCUCCCUGUCUGGAGCCGUGUUCGGCUGGGGGAAGAACAGAGCGGGUCAACUGGGUCUCAAUGAUAAACAAGACCGAGCUGUUCCGUGCCACAUCAAGUUUCUGAGGUCUCAAAAAGUGGUUUACAUCAGCUGUGGCGAGGAGCACACAGCAGCCCUCACCAAGGAUGGCGGCUUGUUUACAUUUGGCGAAGGUUCGAGUGGUCAGCUGGGUCACGGCUCCAACAACAAUGAAUCUUUACCCCGACGGGUGCUGGAGCUGAUGGGCACGGAGGUAUCCCAGAUCACCUGUGGCAGUCACCACACGCUGGCAUUCGUGCCCUCCUCUGGUUUGGUGUAUGCAUUCGGUUGUAACCGCCAUGGUCAGCUGGGCACAGGAACUCAGGAUAAUGCCCAAAGCCCAUUUCCUGUCUCGACUGGCUUCCUGACCAGGACCGGACACAGAUCGGGUAAGACUAAAGACGCGCGACACCUCAUAUGGACGCAACUCAAAGCUCGUUUGAGCAUCACGCUCGAAAAGAAUGUUCUCCAUCUGUCUUCUCUAUGUGCAGUAACCAAAAUUAUCUGUGGAGGAGAACACAGUUUCCUAUUGUACUCUAAUCAGGAGAGUUCUGUGGCCCCGGAGGAUUUUCGAGUGACGAAUGUCAACAAAAGCCUCACCCGCAUCACGCAUGAAAGAAUAAAUUCCUGGAGGGUAAAACUGAUGUCUAACGCAGAUUCAGGCGCCAGAAACGACAUCAUAAUUCAACUGUCCUCCACUGCUUGUUGGAAUGGCAGCUUCUUGGACCAAAGCGAUGAUGCCCACUUCAAGACCAACCCAAAGAUUCCAGGCAUCGAUCUCAACUCUGUCAGGACGCUAUUUGAGGAGCUCAGCCAGCCGGCCUUUUCCGGACUCCUGGAGCAGGCCACCAAGAGUUUCGAGAGUCUGCUGAUCCCGCAGCUGCCGAGCUCCCCUCCCGACGUGGAAGCCAUGAGGAUCUACCUCAUCUUGUCCGAGUACCCGGCUCUGCAGGACUCCAAGUACUACAUCCGCCUCACCAUCCCUCUGGCCAUGGCCAUCCUACGGCUAGACACCAACCCCGGCAAAGUAUUGGAUAACUGGUGGUGCUUCGUGGAUGGCGGCGUGUUCGAGAGGAUGGUGGAUAUGUACAAGAGCAUCGUCGUGUUCAUGCUGGCCAUUGGCAAGAUGUGCCUUGUACCUUUGUUCUACGACAGCUACUUUCUCGCCACCCUAAGGCUGCUGGAGAAACUCCACAAGGUGAACCAGAAGGCCAAUCAUGUGGAGUACAGCCGCUUCUACAUCCACGACGUCAACAACCUGGUCGACAUGGAGGAGGACUACCUCAAGUGGUUUCUAAACAAGGCUGAAAAGGAACUGGGAUCGUCUUCUUCCAAUUCUCAACAGAUAGACUUCCCCUCAGUGAGCCUUUGUUCCUACCCGUUCAUUUUGAAUGCACAAGCCAAGACAACUAUGCUGCAAACAGACGCCGAGCUGCAAAUGCAGAUGGCAGUAAGCAACGCCAACAUCCACAACGUCUUGAGGGUGCUCACGCUGGAGCCCCAGCCAUUCAGGAACCUGUACCUGGUGCUGCAUGUGCGCAGGGAGCAUCUGGUCAGCGACACGCUGCGGGAGCUCACCAUGUAUUUUGAUGUGGACUUCAAGAAGCCGCUCAAGGUGACGUUUGACGGUGAGGAGGCUGUGGACGCGGGCGGCGUGACCAAAGAGUUUUUCCUGCUCCUGCUGAAGGAGCUGCUGGAUCCUGUUUACGGAAUGUUCACGCAGUAUUCAGAGUCCAACCUGCUGUGGUUCUCGGAUAAAUGUUUUGUGGAGCAGAACUGGUUUCACCUCAUCGGCAUCGUCUGCGGUCUGGCCAUCUACAACUCCACAGUGGUGGACCUCCACUUCCCUCUGGUCCUCUACAAGAAGCUGCUGGACGUGGCGCCCGUACUGGACGACCUGGAGGAGCUGUCGCCCACUGAGGCCCGGAGUCUUCAGCAACUUUUGGACUAUGAAGGAAGCGACGUGGAGGAGACUUUUCUUCUCAACUUUGCGAUCACCAGAGAGAACUACAGCGUGACGGAGGUGAAGGAGCUGAUCCCAGGAGGACAGCACGUCAGCGUGGACCAACACAACAGGAAGGAGUUUGUGGAGGCGUACCUCCGCUACGUGUUCUGCGACUCCGUCAGCGAUCAGUAUUCCGCUUUCGCUUCGGGCUUCCUGAAGGUGUGCGGAGGAGACGUGUUGUCGCUCUUCCAACCAUCCGAGCUGAUGGCCAUGGUGGUGGGCAACAACAACUACAACUGGGACGAGAUGGAAAAGAACGCCGAGUACAAAGGAGAAUAUUCAGCCGCUCAUCCCACCGUCAGAUUCUUCUGGGAGGUUUUUCACCAGUUCCCGGAGGAGAAGAAGAAGCAGUUUUUAUUGUUCCUGACGGGCAGCGACCGCAUUCCCAUCCACGGCAUGGCGAGCCUGAAGAUCGUCAUCCAGUCGACGGCGGCGGACGAGCAGCACCUGCCCGUGGCGCACACCUGCUACAACCUGCUGGACAUGCCGCGCUACCACACCAAAGACGUCCUGCGCCGCCGCCUCACUCAGGCCAUCGAGCAGUACGAGGGCUUCAGUCUCGUCUAGCGGCGGGGUCAAAGGUCAGACUUCCCGUUUGGCGCCCGCAUCAAAAAGGUCUACUCUUCUUCCAAGGGCCGUGCAAUUGUCAAAUCUGUUAUUUAACGUUCAAUAAUCAUCUUUCUUCACGCGUUUAGCAUCUUCUAUGUUACUCUGUGGCGUUCAAGUGGCUGUUGUUUUGCUGGGAUAUCUGAGCACUGUCGGGGUUUUGAGCGUUUGUUUGAAAAGCAAUGUAUUUUCUAUUCAUGACAUUCUAUUUUUCCUUAUUGUUUAUAUGUUACAAAUAUUUUAUUAAGCAGCUGUUUCUUUUUUUUGCACCUGAAUAAAAAACAAAACUA